AGAGAGAAGCGCAGGUCAGUGGAAUCAGUGGAGGCACCGGGAUAAAAAAAAAAAGGAGACCUUCCAACUAUCAAAUUAAACGCUUAGAAGAGGAAAUAAAAUAUUUGAAAGAAGGAUUUUUCUUUUGAUUUUUAAUAUUUUUGAACAACUUUUAUUGAAAGGAGCUUUUUUAAGACUUCAAGAUGAUGCUGUGCGGCAUCCUUUUUCUGCUGGUACUUGGAAUUUGUGAGGGUGCCAGAUUGGCAGAGAGUCGAGAUGAUAACAGUGUGUAUGACCUAUUUGAGCUGGCGAGGGUGAGCAAAAGACAUAACGGAGUGACUCUGGUCAAAGGUGCAGACCCUUACAGCCCUGCAUACAAGGUUCUGAACGCAGACCUGAUCCCCCCAGUCCCCGACGCAUCCUUCAGGGACCUCCUCGAUUCCAUCCAGGCCGAGAGGGGCUUUCUCCUCCUGCUCAACCUGAAGCAGUUCAAGAAAACCAGAGGCAGUUUGCUGACUGUUGAGAAAACCGACGGAUCCGGACCCCUCUUCGAGAUCAUUUCCAAUGGGAAGGCAAACACCCUUGACCUGGUCUACUCCACCGAGAGACAGUUGCAGGUGGUUUCCAUUGAGGAUGCCGGCUUGGCCAAUGGACACUGGAAGAACCUCACGCUGUUCGUCCAGGAGGACAGGGCACAGCUUUUUGUGGGCUGUGAAGAGAUCAAUGUGUCAGAGCUGGAUAUGCCAAUCCAGACUUUGUUGUCUAGAGAGGUGGCAGACAGAGCCAGACUCAGGAUUGGAAAAGGAGCAGCAAAGGACAAGUUUAUGGGAGUGCUUCAGAAUGUCCAUUUUGUCUUUGGAACCACUCUAGACGCCAUACUGACCAAUAAGGGGUGUAAAAGCGGAGCUGCCUUAACACAGGUGAUGACCCUGGACAACCCAGUCAAUGGUUCCAGCCCUGCCAUUAGGACAGAUUAUACUGGUCACAAAUCCAAAGAUCUGCAGACUGUCUGCGGUUUCUCGUGUGAGGACAUCGCCAGCAUGUUUAAGGAGCUCAGGGGACUCAAUGUGAUUGUUAAGCAGCUGUCAAAUGAACUCCAAAAAGUGCAUACAGAUAGCCAGUCACUGAUAAAUCAGAUGAACAUUCACAGUGGAGUCUGCAUCCAUAACGGCAUUGUGCACAAGGACAAAGAUGAAUGGACAGUGGAUGGCUGCACAGAGUGCACCUGUCAGAACUCUGCAACCGUGUGUCGAAAAAUCUCCUGUCCUCUCAUCCCCUGUGCUAACGCCACUGUGCCUGAUGGAGAAUGCUGCCCUCGUUGUGGCACACCGAGUGACUAUGCAGAGGAUGGCUGGUCCGCCUGGUCUGAUUGGACCCAUUGUUCUGUGACUUGUGGCCGUGGCAUCCAGCAGCGUGGACGCUCCUGUGACCGCAUCAACAGCAAGUGUGAGGGCACCUCUGUCCAGACCCGUGACUGCUACCCGCAGGAAUGCGACAAGCGCUUCAAACAGGACGGUGGCUGGAGCCACUGGUCGCCCUGGUCUUCAUGCUCUGUGACCUGUGGUGAAGGGGUCAUGACACAGAUCCGCCUCUGCAACUCCCCCACACCACAGAUGGGUGGCAGAGACUGCCAGGGAGAAGGACGUCACACCAAAGUCUGCCAACUGUCGCCCUGCCCCAUUAACGGAGGAUGGGGACCUUGGUCACCAUGGGAUACCUGCUCUGCAACCUGUGGUGGAGGAAUUCAAACAAGAAAACAUCUCUGUAAUGACCCUGUGCCCAAAUACGGUGGAAAAGAUUGUGUUGGUGAUUCCACCAUGGUUCAAGUCUGCAACAAAGAGGACUGCCCUAUUGAUGGCUGUCUUUCCAACCCAUGCUUCCCUGGCACAAAGUGCACCAGCUUCCCUGAUGGCUCAUUCGAGUGUGGCAAGUGCCCACUUGGCUAUACCGGUGAUGGGAUCUCCUGCAUGGAUAUUGAUGAAUGCAAAGAGGUCCCAGAUGCUUGUCUUACUCAUAACGGAAUCCAUCGUUGUGAGAACACUGAACCAGGUUACAACUGCCUUCCCUGCCCUGCCCGUUUCUCUGGUCCCCAACCUUUUGGAAGAGGGGUGGAACAGGCAAUUGCUAAAAAACAGGUUUGCACUCCCCGCAACCCUUGCAAGGACAGUAGCCACAACUGCCAUAAAAAUGCAAACUGCAUAUAUUUGGGCGUCUACUCUGAGUCAAUGUUCCGCUGUGAAUGCAAGCCAGGAUAUGCUGGGAAUGGGCGGAUUUGCGGAGAGGAUAGUGACCUGGAUGGAUGGCCUAACACUGAUCUGCCAUGUGUGGAGAACGCCACUUAUCACUGCAAAAAGGAUAACUGCCCCAACCUUCCCAACUCUGGCCAGGAAGACCAUGACAAAGAUGGCCUUGGGGAUGAAUGUGACCAUGAUGAUGACAAUGAUGGAAUCCCCGAUGAUAGGGAUAACUGUCCCAGAGUUUACAACCCUGCCCAGUAUGAUGCAGACAGGGACGAUGUUGGCGAUCGCUGUGACAACUGUGUGUUUGAGGCUAAUACUGACCAAACAGACACAGACAACAAUGGAGAGGGUGAUGCCUGUGCUGUCGACAUUGAUGGUGACGGCAUUCUGAAUGAAAAUGACAACUGCCCAUAUGUGUACAAUGUUGACCAGAGAGACACAGACAGGGAUGGUGUGGGAGAUCACUGUGAUAAUUGUCCUCUCGAGCACAACCCAGAUCAGACCGACUCUGAUUCAGAUCGUAUUGGAGACAAAUGCGAUAACAACCAGGACAUUGACGAGGAUGGUCACCAGAACAACUUGGAUAACUGCCCCUAUAUCCCCAACGCCAACCAGGCAGACCAUGACAAAGACGGCAAAGGAGAUGCCUGUGACCAUGAUGAUGACAAUGACGGCAUUCCUGAUGAUAAAGACAAUUGCCGACUUGCCUUUAACCCAGAUCAACUGGACUCGGAUGGUGAUGGCCGUGGAGAUGUUUGCAAGGAUGAUUUUGACCAAGAUAAUGUCCUGGACAUCCAUGAUGUUUGCCCUGAGAACUUUGCCAUCAGUGAAACAGACUUCCGCAGAUUCCAAAUGGUUCCCUUGGAUCCCAAAGGGACCUCUCAGAUUGACCCCAACUGGGUGGUGAGGCAUCAAGGCAAGGAGCUGGUGCAGACUGUCAACUGCGACCCUGGCAUUGCUGUUGGUUAUGAUGAGUUCAAUGCCGUGGAUUUCAGUGGAACGUUCUUCGUCAACACGGACAGAGACGAUGACUAUGCCGGAUUUGUGUUCGGCUACCAGUCCAGUUCCCGUUUCUACACAGUGAUGUGGAAACAGAUCACACAGACCUACUGGUCCCACACGCCCACUAGAGCUCAAGGUUACUCUGGUUUGUCAAUCAAAGUCGUGAACUCCACCACAGGGCCUGGAGAGCACCUCAGAAAUGCUCUGUGGCACACCGGAGACACCCCAGGACAGGUUCGCACUCUGUGGCAUGACCCCAAGAACAUUGGCUGGAAAGACUUUACUGCCUAUAGAUGGCACCUAACACACAGACCCAAGACUGGACUUAUUAGAGUGGUCAUGUAUGAAGGCAAGAGAAUCAUGGCUGAUUCUGGAAAUAUUUAUGACAAGACUUAUGCUGGUGGCCGACUAGGCCUGUACGUCUUUUCUCAGGAGAUGGUUUACUUCUCAGACCUCAAAUAUGAAUGUAGAGAUUUGUAAUUACACCCCAGAGCCUUCUGGAAGAAUGUAUCAGCGCAGGUUUGCAUCAGUUUCAGUUUUACUUAUUUGUCCUCUGAGAAAUGCACAUUGGAGGUAUGUUGAACAAUCGAGCAAAGAGGGUAAAGGGACCUCAGGAGUCGAAGCCAAAUAAAAAGGAAAAGUUAACUCUGCACAAAACUCAAAUUGCAAGUGCAGCCCUGCUAAGAAGAAAUCGACUCUCAGUCUGUCUGCAUUGAUCUGCAUCAGAAGAGGGCCACACAUUAUUACUUUGCACACCUGAACUGUUAUUCCUCUGUGGAUGAGGGAGCAAAGGGAAGAAAGCAGUUUUUACAUUUUUAUACUAAUUUUGAGCAUUAACAUUCAUCUGCUGUGGACUGAAUGAUACAGUACUCAGAAUGAAGAAAGCAGUAAAGGACAGGGGUAAAAGGGUGGGGUAAAAAAAAAAAAGAAAGUAGCCCCCUGUGAAGGAACUGUUGAGGGACUGUGGAAAGUAAGGAAUGACUGUUAGUACUGAAGAGAGUGAAUGUUGUGUUUUUUUGUGUAUGUGUGACACCAAAAAAGAAUAGCAAUGAAGACAAUUAAAUUUAAAUUUAAUUUAAAUUUGUCCGGUGACCCCCCUCACACCGGUGGUUACAGACAUAACGCCUGGUCUGUAACAGAGACAUAGGGCUGGCCCAAACAUUUCUCUUCUCAGGAAAGAAAGGCUGCGAGUAGGAGAGCAUGGAAGACAAAAGAUCAGAAAACCUUGUCUUAACAUCUGUAUCGCAGUGAAGGCCAGUCUCUUUUCUUUCAAUUUCUUUCUUUUGUUUCCUCAUAGAGGAUUUAAGUCUAGCUCUUCUCUACAUCUUUCUUUCAUUAAAUAUUCUGAGCAACCUUUUAUGGUCAGCAUCCUCUAAAUAUGUGCAGUUACGUCUAAUUACGGGGAGUAAAAAACUAAUUUAUCAUGUUUUCUGCACAUUGUGCAUGAAGGUAUGCCUGAGUUUGAGUGUUUUUGACAAAGGGGGGAAAAGCAAACCCUUUAUGUACAAAUAUUACCUCAUCCUUUUUUAUUGAGGCCAGCAGAACACAAGAAUCACUUGUUUUAGCAACAGAGUAUAAAUUUGUUGGCUUCAGUUUUACAAGCAAGACUUUAGUACCAUUCAUAUUCUGUAUAUAAGAUAUUUUUCUAGUACAAGAAACAGGAAAGGAUUAAAGAGAUGUUCUGAAUAUGUUUUGCAAUAUGUAUUUCUUGUGCCUUUUUUGAUAAAUUAUUCUGUUUGUUUUAUGUCAUUUGUGUAGAUAUAUGCUAUUUAAAUAAUUUAUCUUGAGGUGUAACCUCCUAUGGAAGCGUUUCUAUUUGUAUAAACUUUUUUGCACACUGACAUAAGGAUGUCUGUUAUUUUGAUUUUUGUUUGUCUCUUUUUUAAUUAUUAGGGAAGCUUUUCUAUAAACAUUUGUAUUGUAGUUUUUACUCAAAGUGCCGUUUAUAAUCCUGUUUUUAUUGUUUCUUUGUAUUGUCAAAUGAACAAUAAACCCUUAAAAAAAUUAAA